AUGCAACAGAACGUGGCCUCCUACGCCUUGGAGGGUGUGUGCGGGCCACAUGAUUUCAUCGUGACCCUCGUUCUACAAAGGAAAGAGGAGAGGAAAGCCGAAGAGGAUGAUUCUGCGAAGAAGGACGGCAGAAAAGCUGAGGACGACGAAGAUGAGUCGACAAAAAGAUUGGUCGUUGUCGGCAUGAGGUUCUUCUUGCGAGCGCUUUCUGAUCAAGGUCAUGAAGCCAUGGAACGUGCAGCGAAGGAUGCAGGCGGUAGUAGCCGCUCCUUUGAUAGUCGUCAAAGUCUCUUGGAGUUCUUCGAGCGCCUGUCGCGACGACAUGCCGCCAAUGCAUCGCGCGGCAGCCUCGAGGGCAACAGCAACACAUUUGACAUGCACUGCCCUUUGCACCGCCCGCAGCAGAGGCGUCUGGGCAUCCAACUGAGCUUUCCCCCGGUACAGUGGGCUGCUUUGGUCCGCCAUGCAAGCUUGAUGGCACUUGCCUCAAAGCAGUGCCAGCAGAUCCCUGGACCAGUGGCUCUGCUACUCCCUCUGCUUGGCACAAAACCUGUACAGCUACACAUGUUUCUUGCGGUCACCUGGCAGCAGCUGGAAUGCCUUGAUGCCUUCCGUUUUCCCGGCCGCAAUCGCCAAGAGAAUUGCUGA